AUUUAAUUUAUUUUCUAUUAUUAUUUGUUCGUGGGUAUUACUUACACAUCUCUCGUUUUGUACUUGGAUUUAGCUCGAAUUUCGUUUACACACUUAAUGCGAUCUUCGAUUACACAUUGUGUCAUUUUAGUUUAAUUUUUAAUUUAUUUUGCAAUAUAAGGUUUUGUAAAUAUUAUGGAUUGCUAAAAUGUGUUUUGAUGACUGAUUUGUCACUGAAUUCCACCUAAAGUUCCGAAUGUACGGAUUCAAUACUUAAUUGAGAUUUAUGGAAUUUGCUUUCGUCUGAAAUGGAAACAGUUCCAAGUGUGUGUGAAUUUACUGAAUUAGAUUCCAGCGAGAAUACAAAGCUGGAGGAGUUGGACGAGGGAAUAAACGACUUUAACCUCAAUGACUUUUACAAGUGUGUAAAGUUAAACCAACUCAAGAAAUCAAGAAGUGAGAAUUCACUUCUUAACAAUAACUCUUCAGGUACUACUGAAAACGGUAAAUGUGAUGUCGAAGACUCUCUUAACGGACAAUGCGGCAUCACAGAUGAAAUGUCAAAGAACAUGCUAUCAUACAAGCGUAGCAGACUGCUAAGUAAAAUCGGUGGGUAUAAGGCACUCUACUCGGACAAAAUGGGCAUUGUGGAGUACCUUCUACAUUCUUAUGUAAUUCUAUUUUGCCCUAACCCAGUCACUCUCUACAGUUAUGAAGCAGUUUUCAAGAACAUGAGUCCAGAUUCCGACGAGUUUUGGAACACCUUGAGAACUCUCACUAGUGUACAGUUAGACGUUGACAACUACCCGAACCAGCUACCAUGCUACAUAUCACUCCUGCUGGAAGAGUCUGACGGAACUCAUCAAUUCCAAAGCUUAAACAACGCCGACGCAAAGAAACUCGACACUCACUUCACAUGGCUUUGCAGGUGCUGCAUAAAUGUAACAGGAAGCAAAAACGAGGAUUAUAACGAGGAAUCAUUAUCGGAUUCUGUUGACAAGAGAUACUCUGACGUGUGUGAGAGUAAGGGGAACAGGAAAAAAUCGCCAGGAAGCCAUCUUACUCUUAACAACGUUCUUAAUGACAACUAUGACUUAUCCUCGGAUGUCCUUUACGAGGCAAUUAGGCAGAGGGGAAACAGGUACCUACAAAGAAGUCUGUACAGUAACGUUAAAAACAUGGCUGGUUUAACCUCGAGAGGAAUUAACCCUAAUGUGGCUGCUAAGCUAACGGAGUCUGACAGUCGCAUGAAGAGGUUUAUGGACAUCAUUCAGGAGUCUUCGCUUGAUUCUUCAGACCCUUCACUCUACAACAAUUAUUACGAUUUAUUUGGAGAUGAGAGGCGACACUCGUCAAGAAGAUCAAUGCUAAUGAGAAAGAAAUAUUCCUGAAACUACGGCAGCUUGGAAGCUUUUAAAUUAAUGUGUAUUUUAUUA